UAUUCCAUCCCCUCAAUUGAUCGGAGCGCGGGGCUCGGCCUGCCGAUCGUGGCGCCGAUUCAUCUUGUCCAAAGCCGCGGCGGACCCCUCGGUUUUCCGCGGGGUGUGGUCUGGGGCAUGAACACUUCGACGACGCCGCACACGCCGCUCGAGACCGUCUUGCUGUUCCGCGGAGUCGCCAAAUACGGGUUAACAGACGACGACUUCAUCCGCGUCUCGGAAGCCCUCCAAAACAAUGGGCUCAUCAAAAAUGGCCCUACGUACGACGCCCGACGACUGACCCCCGAGAUCCUGCGAGAGCUGUUCCUGCGUCUACUGCGAGAGGAGCUGCGAAACGAGAGUGAGAACACGCCCGGUCCCGACGGCGCACUGUCGCCCGCCUCCAAAAAGCGAAGACUGCAGUCGCCGCCGCUCUUGACCCUUGCGGACGCCCGCGAGCAUAUCGAAAAGAUCGAGGCCGCUUACAGCAAGCUGUACAAUGCCUACCUGCGGCAUGCGAUACACGAGAUACGGCAGUUCGAGCAGCAGUACGAGCGGCUUCAGGGGGAGAUCCGUGAAUUAGAAAAGCUCGGCGCUCCCGAGCCCGAAAGCGAGGCGAAGCCGCAGAGUCCGAGCGCUGCUCAGGCGCCCGCGAAGCAAGACCCGGGACCAGCAAACGGGGUAGGGCCGUCUCCAGGAAGUUCGCCGAAACCACCCCAAGCAGCAGCCCCGCUCUCGAUAUCUCAACAACCGCCGGACCGGAACCUACAGCCAUUAGCCUUCCAGACGGGGUCGCAGCAGGAUGCGAAGACUGCGCCUUCGCCCUCGCCUUUGCCCCAAACAACCUCGGAGAAGGCACCUACCGUUCCUCGGUCGCCCGUCCCCGCUCACCCAGAAUCUGUGGCCUCCCCUCAGUUCGGCCGGCAAGAGGCUCCCAAGGCACCGGCUACCAAGCCGGCGGUCGCCCCGAAGCCUCCAAACGGAACGCCUCAUCAGGUCCUCCAGGCACCACAAAGCGUCGCACAAUUCCAACCCGCUGCACCGUCGCCGGUACCUGCGGGUACGGCUGAAGGGCUACAACGACCAGACCACGGCGCGGCAUCUAAACAAGCCCCAGCGCACCCGCCGACCACCAACGCGCAGCCCCCUGCUCAGGGACAGCUGAAGUGGGAACCUCCCUAUCAGCCAAAUGCUCCUCCGCGACAUGUCUCCAACACCCACCCUCAACACGCCGCCCAAGUGUUCUCUCCGCAGUCGCAUCUUGCACCGUCACAGCGGUCCCAGCAGCAACCGCCUCCUCCACACCCCAGCCCGGGAUCGAUACAGGGACAAGCCAGCAGCAGGCCGUUGCCUCCGCGGCAGGCCUUGGCGCCUCCCCAUUCUGCGGGCCAGCUCGCGCCGCCGCCCCAAUCGCUUGUUGUCAAGUCACCAGCGGACGCAGCAUCUGGACCAAACAGGCAGCAGCCGGUGCCUUCGAACCAGCCUCCGGGCAGCGGCCCUCAGGCGCAGGCUCAGGCUCAGCCUCCUACGCACCCCCAGUACCAAGCUUACCCCGUAUCAACUCAGGGCCCGGCAGCCUCGGGACAUCCGGCUCCGCAAGCGCAACCCAGCCAUGUGGCCCCUAGUCCGCGGCAGGCCCCGUCGGUCGUCCCGCCGGCACCUGUGCCUCCCGUCACUGCUCCGCCAAGGCCUAGUCCUAGUCUCGCUGCCCCUCAACCCCCGCAGCAGCCUCCCGCUAUCCAGCCCCCGACGCACACCCAGCAACAUGCACAGCGCGGUGCUCCGUCGCCGGCCCCCGGCCCGUCAGAGGCGGCCCAGCGCUACAACCCUCCCUAUCAGCCGCCCCGGCCUGCGGCCGUUGAGCGCAUUCAUCCCCGGCAUCCCGCGGCGGCUUCAACGCCCACGCCGGCUGCGAGGUUCGGCCCUGCCCCUUCCGCUCCUCAAACACCUUCUUCCAUGGCUGUUCCCCAAAGGUUGGCAGGAGGCAGUGGUACAAAGUGGGUAUCGAACUCGACGCCGUCGACACCCAAACCAGGGAUCGAGUUUCGCCUGGGAUAUGACGACGUUCCUAGCCCGGCUUACGAGCCGACAAGCCCUGUCCUGCAUCCCUCGGCCCCCCCGGCGGUCAAGGACCCUCAAAAGCGAGAAGGCCCAGCGGAGACGCCGAAGUCGAAACCGGGCCGGCUGCCGGCCUCCCAGAGAGCUCAGGCUGCUUCUGCCCCCCAGCCUGGUCCUCGGCCGCCAUCAUCAGCCCAGCGAGCCGAGUCCCCGGCCAAGCAGGCGGCUGCGGUGGAGCGUGAGCCACCUCAAGUUAAGCACGAGGCCAAUACUCCGCGUUUGUCAACCGAAGCCGGCGAUACUACCGCCGACGAGAGCGACCUUACUCCCACUCCUGCCCAAACUCCGCGCGCCAACCAGCAGCAGGACGCACCCCCGGACAGCCCCGCCACCUCCACCACCACCACCGAGGGCCCCAAGUUCGUCCUUUGGACCCGCUCGUUCAACAAAGUCUGUGGCUCCGCCAUGGAACAGAUCAUCCACCACCGCUUCGCCAACAUGUUUGUGGCGCCCAUCCGCGAGAAGGACGCACCCGGCUACCACAAGGUGGUCAAGCAGGCGCAGGACCUCAAGACCAUCCGCGCCGCCAUCAACCACGGCAAUCGCGCCGCCGCCCAGGCCGCCGCCUCCCUCCCGGACGGCGACCCGGGCACCAGCAGCGUCUGGCUGCCCCGCACCGAGGACCUGGUGCCUCCCAAGUCCAUCAUCAACUCGUCCCAGCUCGACCGCGAGCUGGCCCACAUGUUCUCCAACGCCGUCAUGUACAACCCGGAUCCGCAUCACGGGCCCGGCCCCGCCUUCCUCCGCGGCGAAGUCGACGACGACGAGGACGGCGGCGGCGGGGCGGACGGUGCCGGAGGAGGAGGAGGUGGUGGUGGUGGUGGCGGCGGCGGCGGCGGCGGCUCCGGCCACACCCACGCGCAGGACAGCGGCGUGCUGGGGUACAAGGUGGACGAGUUUGGCGUCGUCAACGACGCCCGCGCCAUGUUCGUCGAGGUCGAGAAGCUGCUCAGCGAGCUGCGCUCCGCCGAGGUCCGGCGCAACGUCCCGCCGGGCGGCCCCCACGGCGCCGGUGCUGGUAG